AAUUCCUUUGUUUCGGUUUGAUGGGCAGGAUGAAAAACGGAUUUUUCCUGCCAUGGUGUCAUUCGGAGAUACAGUGUCCUGUAUCAUCAUCUUUUUCGCACCAACUAAAUUAAAAUACACAAACAUACACGUUGCGUUCAAUGACGUGUAGGAUAAUAGUUCACACGCUUGGAGGACUUGAGGGGCUGAAUGGUCUUUGUUUAAUCAUAUUCCGUAGUAGAUCUAAUUGUAUAUAUGUAUCUGUGACAGGGUGGGGCUUUAUGGUGUAUACGCCGUUUGAUUUCGUCAUUGUAACAAUGAAAUAGAUUUUGGACGACAGAGGCAAUCGUUACAGGAAAUGCUGCUCCUCGAUGCUUGCUUAGUUAGUUAGCCUCGAGUUAGCUUGUUAUGCUAGCUGGCUAACUGUGCUACUUGAGAAGAAUGAAGACUUGUAACGGGACCACCGGUGUCAUGGACUUGUUUGAAAAGGAAAGGGUCGUGAAAAUAUGUGCCCCGAUGGUUCGAUAUUCAAAGCUUGCAUUCAGGUCUUUGGUGAGGAAGUACAACUGUGAUAUCUGCUUCACCCCGAUGAUAGUUGCCGCAGACUUCAUGCGUUCAAUCAAAGCCAGAGACAGUGACUUCACUACCAAUGAAUGUGACCGGCCCCUGAUAGUGCAGUUCGCCGCCCAUGAUGCUCAGACUCUGGCUGAUGCAGCAUGUGUAGUGGCACCUUUCUCGGACGGAGUUGACCUCAACUGUGGCUGUCCCCAGAGAUGGGCUAUGUCAGCCGGGUAUGGUGCAUGCCUCAUCAACAAGCCUGAACUUGUGAAAGACAUGGUCAGACAUGUCAGAAACCAAGUGGACAAUCCAAACUAUACAGUGUCCAUCAAAAUACGAAUUCACAAGGACCUAAGACAAACAGUGGAUCUGUGCCAGAAGGCUGAAUCAGCUGGUGUGUCAUGGAUAACAGUCCAUGGGCGUACAGCAGAAGAACGCCACCAGCCAGUCCAUUAUGAUGCCAUAAAGACAAUCAAAGACAGUGUAUCUGUCCCAGUCAUCGCCAAUGGAGACAUAAAGUACCUUCGUGAUGUGGAGUCCAUUCACCAGCUUACUGGUGUUGAUGGUGUGAUGGCUGCACGGGGGUUGCUUGCUAACCCUGCUAUGUUUGCCGGCUAUGAGGAGACUCCUUUGGAGUGUAUAUGGAACUGGGUGGACAUUUCUAUAGGGCAGGGAACACCAUUUACCUGCUUCCACCACCAUCUUACCUACAUGCUGGAGAGGGUUAGCUCCCAGCCUGAGAGGAAAGUGUUCAAUUCUCUGUCUAGUACUUCAGCUAUUAUAGAUUACCUUCAGAACACAUAUGGGUCAGUGCAUGAACUGGGGACAUGUGUUUAUUGAAAUGUGAUAGCUUUGAUUUUAGCAUGUUUUUAGUAUAUUUUUUUUAAUGCCGAAUAAAUCUUCAACACUAUAGUUAUAUUGCUGAUUUG